GCUAACGUUUGGUCGUGACGUAAGUUAUGCGCCGGAGCCGGCCUGAAACCACGUAGGAGCGCAGGCUGUAAACAACCAUCCCCCAUUGGAAUGAGCAGAGGAGUACGUAAAGAUGUCUUUUACAUGUUUUUUGAAUUUAAGAAUUAAAGGAACAAUUAUAUAUUCUAAAUGUAUAUUUGACACUAAGAGCUGUGAUAAUAUAUACAGUCAACUGUCGAAGCUGGGUCUAAUAAUUCACAAUACGCCGCUUUGGUCGUUUUGGAUCUGCCACAAAUGCUGUUCAGUGAUUACCAGGCUACAGCGCGAUACGGAGAUUUUUCAAAAGUGGAAGAACGAGGAGACGACGGAGACGACGAAGACAUGCCAAGGGGAAGAUACCAGUUCCACUGACAAGAGAGACAGAGACCCCACUCCUUCUAAAACUCCAAGGCUCAUAAAAAAGUCCAGGAAAUCCACUGAAAUGCCAUUGAGAAGCAGUGUGACCGAGGUUUUGAUCAACUAUGACCUCACGAAGAAGACACUGACAUGCCAAUCUGACAUAGCUGGCAUUGUUGAAAGUUUGGCAAAAAUGAAUUUUUCUAGAGCUUCCAAUCUCAUUUCAAGAAAUACAGAGCUCAUGGACCAUUUAGAAGCCAGUGUGUUGGAUAUAGUGGAGGCUGACUGUGUGACCCUGUGUAACGAACAGAACCAAUUUAUGCUGUGGAGGUCAAGUGCUCUAGACCUGCAAUCAUUUUCAUUCCAAGAGUUACACGAUGACCUGAAGCGGCUGUCCCCUUUCCUGUUCAGCAUUCUUUCUAAAAUCACAAAAGACUAUCCCUCACAUUUGUGCUGCAGCCUCAGUGGCUUUGAGAGGAAGAGAACCCCGUUUAUCAGCCCUAUCAUAUUACAUCAAUUCUGUAUUAAUGUAUGGCGGGGCAAAAAAAGCUGUUUUCCAGCGACUGGCCAAACUGGGCAUCUCUACAUUACAUUUACAUGCAGUUGGCAAACAGAAAGAAAUGGCCCAACACUGUAUGCGUCCGGUGAUGUCCUUAAAACGGGACUUGGAGACUUUCCAGAAUCAGCCAAGGACAGAUGAACAAGAGAGGAUUAUUCAAAAAAGCCUCGAAGACCUGUCCUUAUCAGAGACCACUGUCCAACCAAGCAAGGAGGUGGACGCAGUUGAUGUCUUCACAUUCAGCACACUGUCAGACCCAGACAGGACCGAUAUGGGUGUUGCUCCAUUGUCUGCCUCAGCACUUCCAACCUCAUCGGGUCCUCAAACAUAUUCAAUCAUAUUUGAUAACCUGGACUUUUACAUUCAGACGCACCAUCAGUCUACCAGCCAUUGAUCAACAAAUCAAUACACUGGAUCCACCACAUGUGUGUCAUCAACCUAGUCACCUCACUACACCUUGACAAGUUGAAACCAGCCAAUUCUUUGAUUGACUAUGAUCUCGGGAAUUCACUACCUGGACCAAACACACAAGCCAUAAUGCGUCGGGAAUUUGUUGUUUUGGGGAGCCAAAUCCUGACAACGUAUUUGGAGUCAUUCAAGACCCUCUCCAGUGUGGUUGUUC